CCCCUUCGAUGUCGAGGACCUGACUCUGUCGUCUAGCAACGUGAGCAAAGCCACAGCUCUGCAGAGACGAGUGUCCAUCUACAGCCAGGGGACGCCAGAGACGCCCACCUUCCAGGACACAUCCUUCUUUAAGUGGCGGCCACAUCCCGUGGAGCGCCAGCGCCUCUCCUUCCUGCACAUGCUCAGAGACACCCUGCUAGAGAAGCUCAGGCGCAGUCGCUCGUUUGGUGACCUGGCCUCGCUUCGGCCAAGGCCCAAAUCCAGUCUGGAGGUCUAUUCCACUUUACCAGAUGAUGUCUUUGAGAAUGGCGGCUGUGGCGUGGCAGAAUGCAAGCGUCUCUCCUUCACGUUCUCCGACACCUCUGGUUCCACGGCCAGCCCCAGCCCCGCCCUGAGCUCCCACUCCCCCGGUCAGUCCAACCCGGAGAUCACCGUCACUCCUCCAGAAACGGAAACAUCGUUGACGCAAAUCCUCCCGACAAGAGAGGACUCCAUCGCAGAGGAGCAUUUAGUGGAGGAAGAGGAGGAGGAGUAUGAAGAAGAUGGGGAUACAGGUAGUAGAGGAAGCAGGGGCACCAGCGGCAGCCUCGCCAGUGAUGAAGCUGAGGUGACAGAGGACUCGGAGUGGGAGCGCACCGAGUCCCAGCGAAACUCUGGCUCCAACAGUGGCUCCGCUGCCCCGUCCCUGUGUUCUGACAGCCACCUGUCUACGGUGGCUCCAGAGGAUGUUUUCUUGGACCACGCUGAUGAACUGAAACCCGUGGAACUGGACACGGAGGAGGGGGGCAGCCUAACCAGGCAGCUUGUGAAGAGGCUGACGUCUUCUGAGAUCGUGCCCCCCAGCGGGAGCUCUGCAGAGGGUGGGGGAAGCCUGAGCUGGGCAGGAGAGGGGAGCAGGGCGUUCCUGGAGAGCAGCCUGGAGGAGGCCAUCCACAGCCUGCUGAUGAGGUUGGAGUCACUGACCCACCGCUGCCGAGAGCUGCAGGACCUGGAACAGGAAGUGAUGCGUCUGGAGGACCUGCUCAAGUGUCGUCUCCCGGGCCACAGGAGCAGAUCGUCCAGCCUCAGUCUGACGGUGGAGAGCGCCUUGGAGAGCUUCGACUUCCUCAACACAUCCGACUUCGAUGACGAGGAUACGGGAGACGAUAACGCCGUCCUCAGCCUCCCCCCGCAGAGAUCUCCGCUUUUUGAUGCAGAUGGAGAGAGGAUCGGGGGUCAGCAUCCAGAAGCCAGAGGACACCUGAGUGAAGCCCUAACAGAAGACACCGGGGUCGGAAACAGCGUUGCAGGAAGCCCCCUGCCUCUGACAACAGGAAACGAGAACCUGGAUGUGGCCAUCGUCAUCCACCUGCAGUACUGUAACCACCUCAUACAGUUGUUGACAAACGGGGCCAGCGUGUGGCAGCGCCGCAGUCUGCUGCUCAAACUGUCUGCACAGACUCAGCUGUUAGAAGAACUAGCAGAGAUCAGUGUGGACAGACUGGGAACCAUCACAUCUGCUGCUGACGUCCUCCCGGGCCUCGCUGAGCGCCCCGAGCUGAUGACUCUGUGGUCGGAGUGCAGCGGGUCUGCAGGACUUUUCCACACCACGCUGGACCGAGUGUUCAAACACAUGAACCAGCGCUACACGGCAGCGCUGCAGGAGAGACACCCACACAGCGCUGACACAGUGAUUCCUGUCGUAGUGGGCGAGAUGGUUGACAGGAGCGACCUGGUGACGCCACACGACCCUCCCGCCUCGGCUCUGUCCCAGGACGUCCUGACCGUGUUUCAGUUCCACAGCUACAUCUCACAACACGAGGUUCAGGACAUGGAGACGCACCUGGUGCACCUGGCCAGAGAAGAGGUGUUUGCUGAGGCCCUCUGCAGUGGGGACUAUUCUCGGUGUCUAGCGGAGCUGGAGGUGGUGCCUGUGUCGACCCUGUGGCCUAAAAACAACACCCUGAGGGCCCUGGCCUCCCUGCUCACCGCAGACGACCCUCAUGUCAACGAGGUCGCAGCUGACUACCUCUCCUCCGGAGCGUCACACAGCCACUUCAGGAACAGGGCUGUGGAGUGCUACACUCAGGCACUGUCAGAGGCGGGAGGUCAGAGCCAGAGGGCGGCUUGCUCAGCUCUCAGCCGCCUGCAGGUCAGUGGCCUCUUGUUGUAGUUUCUAGCCACAAUGACGAGGAUGCUGGUGUUUUCACUGUGUGUGUGUAUGUGUGUGUGUGUGUGUGUGGACCCAU